CUCCUGUCCCCACCUCAGUGUCUCCCCAGGACCCGCCUUCCCCUUAGCCCUCCUCCCCUCGCUCUUCCUUGCUCUGGCCACUGGCACCGCCACGGAGGGGGCUCCAUACCCCGCCCUCGGAGAUCCCGAUGCCCUUGAGGUCCAGAAGCUCUUGAGCAAAUAUUUGGCGGUGCCUGGAGCUGAGACUGGCAGGGGUGGUGGGGGCUGGACAGAGACUGUGGCUAGGCAGCAGGCUGCUUAGCUAGGCUGAGCUCUCCAAAGCGCUGCUGCCGCCACCACCAGCCGCCGCCGCCACCACCACCGGCCGCCGCCACCGCAGUCCGCUGCUCCUCUCCUGCAGUAUGACUCAGCCAGAGCCGGAGAGCUUGGGCCCUGCAGCCCCCGGGUUCCCUGAGCAGGAGGAAGAUGAACUUCACCGCACUCUGGGCGUGGAGCGGUUUGAGGAGAUCCUACAAGAGGCUGGGUCCCGAGGAGGAGAGGAGCCAGGCCGCAGCUAUGGGGAGGAAGACUUUGAAUACCACCGCCAGUCCUCCCACCACAUCCAUCACCCACUGUCCACCCACCUUCCUCCGGACACCCGGCGCCGCAAGACACCCCAGGGCCCGGGACGGAAGCCUCGCCGGCGCCCUGGAGCCUCCCCCACCGGGGAGACCCCCACCAUUGAGGAGGGGGAGGAAGAUGAGGACGAGGCCAGUGGGGCCGAGGGGGCCCGGGCACUCACCCAGCCAUCCCCUGCCUCCACACCCUCUUCGGUGCAAUUCUUUCUCCAGGAGGACGAAGGUGCUGACCGGAAGGCAGAAAGGACCAGUCCGUCUCCUCCCCCACCGCUGCCCCACCAGGAGGCGGCUCCCCGGGCCAGCAAAGGGGCCCAGACUGGAGCCCCGGUGGAGGAGGUGGUGGCUGUGGCGAGCGGCGCGGCAGGAGGUGAUGACGGGGGAGCUUCGGCGCGUCCCCUGACCAAGGCACAGCCGGGGCACCGAAGCUACAACCUGCAGGAGAGGAGGCGCAUUGGGAGCAUGACGGGGGCUGAGCAGGCGCUGCUGCCCCGAGUCCCCACAGACGAGAGUGAGGCCCAGACGCUGGCCACCGCCGACCUAGACCUCAUGAAAAGUCACCGGUUUGAGGACGUUCCUGGAGUGCGGCGGCACUUGGUGCGGAAGAAUGCCAAAGGGUCUGGGCAGGGUGGCCGGGAAGGGCGAGAGCCUGGCCCCACGCCUCGGACACGACCCCGGGCCCCCCACAAGCCCCACGAGGUAUUUGUGGAACUGAAUGAGUUGCUGCUGGACAAAAACCAGGAGCCUCAGUGGCGGGAAACAGCACGCUGGAUCAAAUUUGAGGAGGAUGUGGAGGAGGAGACAGAGCGCUGGGGGAAGCCGCAUGUGGCCUCCCUCUCCUUCCGCAGCCUCCUGGAGCUCCGCCGGACCCUGGCCCAUGGGGCUGUGCUUUUGGACCUGGACCAGCAGACCCUGCCCGGGGUGGCCCACCAGGUGGUGGAGCAGAUGGUCAUCUCCGAUCAGAUCAAGGCUGAGGACAGAGCCAAUGUGCUGCGGGCCCUGCUACUGAAACACAGCCACCCGAGUGAUGAGAAGGACUUCUCCUUCCCUCGAAACAUCUCAGCCGGCUCCCUUGGCUCCCUGCUGGGGCAUCACCAUGGCCCGGGGGCUGAGAGUGAUCCCCAUGUCACUGAGCCUCUCAUCGGAGGUGUUCCUGAGACGCGGCUAGAGGUGGAGCGAGAGCGAGAACUGCCACCUCCAGCCCCAGCAGCCGGCAUCACUCGCUCCAAGUCCAAGCACGAACUGAAGCUCCUAGAGAAGAUCCCUGAGAACGCCGAGGCCACAGUGGUCCUUGUGGGCUGCGUGGAGUUCCUGUCCCGCCCCACCAUGGCCUUUGUACGGCUCCGAGAGGCGGUGGAGCUGGACGCGGUGCUGGAGGUGCCCGUGCCCGUGCGCUUCCUCUUCCUGCUUCUGGGCCCGAGCAGCGCCAACAUGGACUACCACGAGAUCGGCCGCUCCAUCUCCACCCUCAUGUCUGACAAGCAAUUCCACGAGGCAGCCUACCUGGCCGACGAGCGGGAGGACCUGCUGACCGCCAUCAACGCCUUCCUGGACUGCAGCGUGGUGCUGCCGCCCUCGGAAGUGCAGGGCGAGGAACUGCUGCGCUCCGUUGCUCACUUCCAACGCCAGAUGCUCAAGAAACGGGAGGAGCAGGGCCGCCUGUUGCCCCCUGGGGCUGGGCUGGAGCCCAAGUCAGCACAAGAGAAGGCGCUCCUGCAGAUGGUAGAGGUGGCAGGUGCAGUCGAAGACGAUCCCCUCCGACGGACGGGCCGGCCCUUUGGGGGCCUGAUCCGAGAUGUGCGGCGCCGCUACCCCCACUACCUGAGUGACUUCCGAGACGCACUCGACCCCCAGUGCCUGGCUGCAGUCAUCUUCAUCUACUUCGCCGCCCUGUCUCCGGCCAUCACCUUCGGGGGACUGCUGGGAGAGAAGACUCAGGACCUGAUUGGGGUGUCGGAGCUGAUCAUGUCCACGGCGCUCCAGGGUGUGGUCUUCUGCCUGCUGGGGGCCCAGCCGCUGCUGGUGAUCGGCUUCUCCGGGCCCCUGCUGGUCUUUGAGGAGGCCUUCUUCUCGUUCUGCAGCAGCAACAACCUAGAGUACCUGGUGGGCCGCGUGUGGAUCGGCUUCUGGCUGGUGCUCCUGGCCCUGCUCAUGGUGGCCCUGGAGGGGAGCUUCCUGGUGCGCUUUGUCUCCCGUUUCACCCAGGAGAUCUUUGCAUUCCUCAUCUCCCUCAUCUUCAUCUAUGAGACAUUCUACAAGCUGGUUAAGAUCUUCCAGGAACAUCCGCUCCACGGCUGUUCGGUCUCCAACAGCUCUGAGGCGGACAGCGGCGAGAACAGCACAUGGCAUGGGGCAGGAUCCACGCUGGGGCCGGGGAAUGGGAGCUCCCCGGGGCCAGCUGGGCAGGGGAGGCCCCGGGGCCAGCCCAACACUGCCCUGCUGUCACUGGUGCUCAUGGCUGGCACCUUCUUUAUCGCUUUCUUCCUGCGCAAGUUCAAGAAUAGCCGGUUCUUCCCUGGCCGGGUGCGGCGGGUGAUUGGGGACUUCGGGGUGCCCAUCGCGAUCCUCAUCAUGGUGCUUGUGGAUUAUAGUAUUGAGGACACCUAUACGCAGAAGCUGAGCGUGCCCAGUGGAGUCUCCGUGACAGCCCCAGAAAAGCGGGGCUGGGUCAUCAACCCUCUGGGGGAGAACAGCUCCUUCCCCGUGUGGAUGAUGGUUGCCAGCCUGCUGCCUGCCAUCCUGGUUUUCAUCCUGAUUUUCAUGGAGACGCAGAUCACCACGCUGAUCAUCUCCAAGAAGGAGCGCAUGCUGCAGAAGGGUUCCGGCUUCCAUCUGGACCUGCUGCUCAUUGUGGCCAUGGGCGGCAUCUGUGCCCUCUUUGGCCUGCCCUGGCUGGCUGCUGCCACUGUGCGCUCCGUCACUCAUGCCAACGCGCUCACCGUCAUGAGCAAGGCUGUGGCGCCCGGGGACAAGCCCAAGAUCCAGGAGGUCAAGGAGCAGCGUGUAACGGGCCUGCUGGUUGCUCUGCUUGUAGGUCUCUCCUUGGUUAUCGGGGAUCUGCUCCGGCAGAUACCCCUGGCUGUGCUCUUUGGAAUUUUUCUGUAUAUGGGAGUUACCUCCCUUAACGGGAUCCAGUUCUACGAGCGGCUGCAUCUGCUGCUCAUGCCCCCCAAACACCACCCAGACGUGACCUACGUCAAGAAGGUAAGACCCCACUUGGAAGAGCCCCAUGCCUCUGCCCCAUCCUGGUCUGCGGGGGUCACUCUCCAGUCCCCCAGCUGCCCCGUGUUCAGCCGCUGUUUAGUCUGUGCGGACCUGGCUCUGGUAAGCACCCAAAAAGGCACUGCCGCCCCCAUCCCCGUGGAGGGAGAAAGGGUCAUCCAUCUUCUGGAGGUGGCAGGCCCAGAUGGCCCUGCAAGGGACCAGGGCCCUCCAAUGCUGGGGAGAAGCCUUGGCUCACCUGUCUUAUAUGCCACCCACCCCCAGGUUCGGACCCUGCGAAUGCACCUGUUCACAGCCCUGCAGCUGCUCUGCUUGGCCCUGCUCUGGGCUGUCAUGUCCACAGCUGCCUCCCUGGCCUUCCCCUUCAUCCUCAUCCUCACGGUGCCCCUCCGCAUGGUGGUGCUCACCCGCAUCUUCACCGAGCGAGAGAUGAAAUGCCUGGAUGCUAAUGAGGCGGAGCCCGUUUUCGAUGAACGGGAGGGCGUGGACGAGUACAACGAGAUGCCCAUGCCUGUGUAGCGGCUGCCUGGACCGACAGCCAAGGGACGGAUGGACGGAGGGAGCAGGGGCUGGGGGGUGCUCUCUCCAUCCCCUCCCUCGUUUUUAUUUAAGUGAAUAAUUUAAAGUCCCCAUACCAUGCCCACUCCCCCACCAGUAAAGUGCUUCGGCCCCCA